AACGAGGAGUUAAUUAUGCACCAUUGCAAGACCACACACAAGUGACGAGAGACUUACAACUUAAGGAACAGAUGGUACAAAAGCUUACAAUGUGACCAUAAAGGAGUGUCGACAACGAACAAGCUACGUCUCUUACCUCUAGUCAAGAUGGGUCAAGGUAACAGUAACACACUGCGGGAGAACCUGGAAUCUCUCCACAACCAGCUGAUGAAACAUGCCGGGGCAGACUACGACAUUGCCACCACAACUACCCUCACCUAUGACCUCUUCCUCUGUUACAUCACUCAACUCAAUCACAUUUGCCGAGAGUACAAAGACAGUGAAGGUCACGUAUUAGUUUUUGCUGUCAAGAAAGGAACAGACUCCACCAUAUUUUGGAAAGCGACUGUGCGCAUUGCAUGCGUCAAACUUAACACGACAACAAACAAGGUGCAAUCGUAUCGUCUACUAAACAUACGACAGUUUUUGCAGGUGUUUCGAAGAAUAACCUACGAGUGUACAGGUGGUUCACUUGGAACCAUUGAUGGCAUAUUUGGUGUUGAUGCUGCAGAUGAAAGUUCCGGGGAACGAAGGAGCAACAUGCCUGUUCCCCCUACCAUGGCAGCAUCAAUGGUUUUGGGGAGUAUGCAGGACGUUGCAACACCAUCUACUGGCCCCCUAAACCAAAACAGGAUAGAGAGCACUGCUGCUGCUGGGACAUGUGCGACCAGCCUGGACGAGUGUGUCAUCUGUCUGGAGCGGCGGCCAGAUGUGAUCCUUCCAUGUGCCCAUGCUUACUGUCUUCCCUGCAUAGAGCAAUGGUGGGAAUACACUAGACCCUCAUCCCAAGAAUGUACUUCCUCCAAUGUUGUAUAUUCAAUGUCUGUGGUAGACAAAACUUGCCCAGUAUGCAGAGAAUCUCUUAAAAGCACCGAUGACACCUGGGUGCUCUCAGAAGUUCCAGAUAAUGAUCAGGUGAAUGAGGAAAUUCGUAGAGCAUUAAUUGGCUUAGCUGGGAGUGAAUCUCAGAGUCCAACGUGAAGACAACUCUUAACUCUCUACCAAUUUAGAAAGAACCAUUUCUCAGAGUUAUGGUAGAAUGGUUUAUGCAAAGUACAGGUAUAUAGAAAUAUAUUCACUUUUUAUCUGUACUAUCAAUAUACUGUACUGAAUUUUCUAUGUAAAUAAUAUAAUAAUUUUAUGUUACAACAGUUUAUCUGCAUACUAUUUAAAGAUGUGUUAUCUUUUGAUAACCUUAACUAUUUGUUAUAAUAUAAGUUAGGCAACUAAACCUAGUUGACAGUAUUAGACGUAAUUUUACCAACACAUGUAACCUUUUAAAGACAAUAAAAAUUUUAAUUUGAAGCAAAAAUUUAUAUGUAACAGUACUUACUAUGUAGCUAUACCCCUCUUGGCAAGGGCAGACUGCCCAACUCCCUCAUUCAUAGCUAUUAAUUACUUGGAUAUUUUAUUAAUAUAUAAAUUUUUAUUUAGCAAGGUAUAGUACAUACAAAUUUAAAAUAUUCAUGAAAUUGCUCUUAAGAUAUAAGGAACAAGUAAUAUGUAGGCUCCAGUAUGUAAAGGGCCAGUAAUGUGAAUGUGUGGAAAUGUAUUCAUACUUGUAAGUGACUUGUAUCAUGGAAGCAAAUGAUAUUAAAGGAAUAACAACA